AGAUGGUCCUCAAGCGACGCGGAUAUGGGUGUGACAAUUUGAUCUCGAAUGUCGCGUGUAGGUACCAGGCGCAGGUGCGCGAGGUGCAUGCACGACACCGAAAAGUCAUGACGUCGUGACCAGAGAAUUGGCUGGCCACCACAACGCUGCGGCCUGCAAGGGGAAUUAUGCAUCGUGGCUAUUUUUCUUCCUUGUAGUCAAGCUCAUAGACUUCAGAGAUACAUCGCAUGGUCAGUCUUUCAUCUCCUCCGCGUUUGUUUCGAAGAGGUAUCAACCGUCGACUGCUCGCUCUCAGAGGCCAUACUGCCCCGGCAACUACAUUCCAUGCCCGCCAUAGUUCUUCGCUAAGAGCUUUGCCAUCGCCACUCAAUGCGAUGCCCAAACGAAAGAGAUCAACCAAUGUCGCUUUCGUGGCUUCUGGCAUAUCGGCUCCUGCAUCAACUCGACGGACUAGUUCCCGAAGAGCCUCCGCUGCCACCCCUGCCACGAUUGACACUAACCCAGACACAAAUGACCGUAUCGAGGAUGGCCUGGAUGCUCUCCGCGCUUCGCCAGAUGCAGAGAAGCCUGAAUCUGACAUUGUGGCAAGCAAGAAAGCAAAGAUCAAAGCAGAAGCUGAGGGCGAAGAUGCUAGGACACCUCCAAGAUCAAGCGCCCACGCCAAAGCUGCGCCGAAGAGAGGGGACAGGCUAGACCGAGAAGAUCCUGAAGCUGAAGGAGAUGAGGAAGCCAACCCCGAAGAGCUGAAGGAAGCCUUGUCCCGGCCACCUCCAGUAAAUAGCUCGUACCUCCCAUUGCCCUGGAAGGGCCGGUUGGGUUACGCCUGUCUAAAUACCUACCUCCGCGCCGCGAACCCACCAGUCUUCUCGUCACGGACAUGUCGCAUCGCUUCAAUACUCGAGCACCGCCAUCCGCUGAAAGAUCCUACGCUGCCAGAACAUCCCACCAAAAAUCGUCCAGACAAGGAUCAGCCGGCGGACAUGGCUCGGGGGCAAGAGUAUGUGGAAGCACUGGGUCGUGCCAAUGCGCGGGAUAUUGUCAAGAUGUUGCGCUGGAACGACCGAUACGGCAUCAAGUUCCUCCGCCUGUCGUCUGAAAUGUUUCCAUUUGCCAGCCACGACGUCUACGGGUACAAGCUUGCUCCGUUUGCUUCAGAGGCGCUUGCAGAAGCGGGUCGCGUGGCUGCUGAGCUCGGUCACCGCCUGACGACACACCCGGGUCAAUUUACGCAAUUAGGCUCACCACGAAAGGAGGUGAUACGAGCCUCACUCCGCGAUCUUGACUACCAUUGCGAGAUGCUCGACCUUCUGAGGUUGCCGCCGCAGCUGAAUCGAGACGCCGUGAUGAUCUUGCACAUGGGUGGAGUCUUUGGCGACAAGGCUGCCACAAUCGCUCGAUUCAAGGAGAAUUACGUCAAGUUACCACAAGGGAUCAAAAACCGUCUGGUUCUCGAGAAUGACGAUGUCAGCUACAGCGUGCAUGAUCUCCUGCCGGUGUGUGAAGAGCUCAACAUUCCGCUUGUUCUGGAUUUCCACCAUCACAACAUUGUCUUUGAUGCAGACAAGUUGCGCGAAGGUACAUUGGACAUCAUGAGCUUAUAUGACAGGAUCACAGCUACAUGGACCAAAAAGGGCAUCACGCAAAAAAUGCACUACUCAGAGCCUGUCCCAUCGGCAAUUACCGCACGACAGCGGCGGAAGCAUAACCCGCGGCCUGCCACACUUCCGCCCUGUCCGCCGGAUAUGGAUCUGAUGAUCGAAGCCAAGGACAAAGAACAAGCCGUCUUCGAACUGAUGCGCACCUUCAAGUUACCUGGGUUCGACACCUUCAAUGACAUCACACCGUAUGUACGCAACGACGAAAAUAAGGCGUGGAAACCUCCGAAGAAGAAGAAAAGUCCGCGAAAGAAGCGCCAGACCAAGGAAGACGGGGGAGAAUUGGUCGAAAAUGAUGACGAUGAGGAUGCUGGUGGGGAAGCCCAGCCGCCGCCUCUGAUCCCAGAAUGCGAGGUCAGCUUGGGUGGUCCCGAGGGGCGAGUCUACUGGCCGCCGGGUAUGGAAGAAUGGUUGCGUCCAAAGAAAAGAGAGGUAAAGCCUCGAGACCCAGCAAAGGCAAAGACGACAGCGGAGCGAGCGGCAUUAAGAAGAGCAGAGAAAGCUGCCUGGCAGGCUGCAAGGGAAGCGUCCGCAGAGGCAGAGACACCCGCGUCGACAGCCAAGUCAGUUCCUUCUGAGGUGGUCGACAUGGACGAGAUUCCUGGAGCAACAAAGCCCAAUUCUACCAAAUCAGAGAGCGUGUAUAACAUGGCCAAGACGAAAAAGCAGAAACCGGUCCGGGCACCUCGUGCAGGUGACGGCGUGAAGAAUAAGAAGAGUGCCACUCGGGCCGUGUUGACACCCAGUACGAGCGACCAAGCCUCUACUCUCGACGGCGAAGAGGAGAACGAGGAAGAGCAAGACCUCGAGAUGCCGGAUCUUACAGAUGCAGAGGAGGCCGUUCCAGCUGUUAAAGUCAGCCGGAGAGCACCAACGCGGACUUUGAGCGGAAGGCGAGCUAAGAGGAAGGCUGUAAGUUAUGCAGAGGGUGACGACGACGACGAUGACGAUUGAGGGUUCCUGGAAUAUUUCUUGUCGGAGUGUGAGAGACGAAGAGGAUCUAUGCAUGUGAAGCCAGAUGAUGGCCUGUAAUAUUAUGUACCUGCUGCCACUAUUUUGACCGAGAAUUUAUUCGACAGGCGAAGAUUCGGUGACCAAUCCAGGAGGUUUUUUCUUCUCGCCAAUUUCUUGAGAUGUCUUCGCAGUUGGGACACCCUGCCAAUGGUCGAGCUGGAGUUGAGAGAAGCCAUAGAAUGCUUCAUGGCUUUGGGGUACAGCAGUCGGUAGAGGACAUCUCCUAUCAUAAAUUAAUCGACGACCAGAGGCGUGGGCGUGGCACGACGCAGUUCGGGGCAUCGAAACCCGAAGCG